AUGGAACAAACAACAAACCCGCUGGAUAACAGUGACCCUCAAGUUGCGUCCUUGAGUGUGUUCGAUUCACGAAUCCGUGCGACAGAUUCCGGGAAUCGUCCGGUAUAUGCCGCCGAGAUCCGCGCCGUCCCCGGUCCUCGUCGCUGUCGGUUCUUAGGAGCCAUGAUUAGAAAACAGAAGAGCUGCCCUCAUCGCGCGUCGCGGAUCAGUCAAAGCCGCAUAACGGUAGUACGGCGCCCCGGGAUCACCCCGCCCCCCCUGGCAGGCAGCCCUCGGGGCCUGGUCUCCUCCUGUGCCCAGGACGCUUUUCGCCUCUCGGCUGCAGUGAAUUCAUUUCCAGUCAGCUGACUGUAGAUGAGGAGGAACUGCAGCUGGAGUGGAGUGGAGUUCAUGCAAUUCUCGAGUCUGUCGUCGUCGUCGUCGUCGUCGUCGUCUAGGGGUGCAGAGCAGAUAUCAAGCGGAUCACUCCGAUCACGGUGAGCCGUGCAUUUUUAACAGGUUUGGCGUCGGCUUCGAUCUCUGUCAUCUCUAGCCUCAGCUUCAGAUACUUGGCUGUCUAUUGGGACGAGUGUCGAUGGACUGGGCCGGUGUUUGGGGACUGUUUUGGACGGUAAUCUGAAAGGAGGAAGGGGUAGGUGUAUGGGCUGUUUUAUUUGGUCAACGACGUCGAGGAGCUCUCGCUUGCAGAUGUUUUCAUGCUCGCUGGUAAAAGCCGGACUGAGUACGCACCGGUCGAGCUCUUCUUCAGAAAAAGCCCCUCAGAGAUUGCUUGGGAUGAGCCCUCAAUUGAGGCGGAAUGAAGUAGAACUGAUCAGAUUUUUUCAAAACUCACUCGAAUGAUCGAUCAGUCAAGUGGCUUUGUCUACUCGACUGAGCGAAUUGUUUUUGACUCAGCUCUUCGAAUGACAAGCAAUGCAUAGAGAGAUGAGAAGUAAUCACAAGCAAAAGGAAACCUUUUCAGAAGCCUGCAUGCAUGCCUGUACUCAAAAGCCAGGACAGCUCACUCGUCUUUGAAGUUCGGUCUGCAUGGUGAAGGACUCGGGUUUAUCCAUUAUCCGCGUGCCGAACAUUCGUCAAGCACGCUUCCCAUGCUUUCUAGCACAAAUUCGGGGGCCAACGCUUCCAAGAUUCUCACGCAUGCACGAUGCCAUACGCAAGAUCCUUUCCGUCAAACUCCAAGCUCCCUGGUUAUAGAGAAUAAAGAAGGAACGGACUCGUCUCGAUGUUCAUAUCGUCGACCAUCUAUUCCAUUGAACUCCUCGAGACAGCAGACAGCGCCGCUAUCACUCGUCGUAGAUUCGUCAGGACCCAGGGAUUGAAAGAAGCACAAUUUCUACGAGUCUUGUGCUGGGCCCGCGAGUCAUCGAGGUUGCUGUUCGUUCUCAGUUUCAUUGACGUUCAGGAUACAGUGUUCAGCCCCUCAGAGCCAGCAGAAGUCGACCAUGGGACGGUAAACUCGAUAAAGUCCUGUCGACCCAUCCAUCAACUGUUUCAGUCGUCAUUGGAAUACUUGCCAAUCCCGCCGCACCAGCAGCUGCAGUCACAAAGCUCGCUGUUUUAGCUCGCUUCGAACUCUCAUGUCGUGUUUCCCGAUGGAAACGUUUGUAGCCUCGUGAGCUAUAUGCGUGUGGCGUGAUUUUUAGAUGGCAUUGCGCUCGUGUCUAAAAGAACAGUGAACGCAUCGAGUUUUGAUCUAGAGUGAGAAAACCAUUCUCUUCUGGACUGUUGCAGAGCCUGACCAGUCGAAGUCGAGUGUGCCUUCACACAUUGCAAAUUGUCAACAGCUUUGAGGUUAUCUUUUACUCGAAUCUUGUGCUCUCCUUCUUCGAGUGGAUUCAACGGAAUCCAUGGUUGGGUAAUUAAU